AUGCUCUUUCUAAAUAAAAAGGUUGAGGAUAAAACGACUUAAGAAUAUGUAAGCACAUGGGCUAGAAAUACGAGAGGACUAAAUAACCUUAUGAAUACCAGUAAAGGUCGUGAUAAGUUUUGCUAGCUCAUCUAAUACACGGCAAAUCUCUACGUGACAUGUAUGAAAAACUCAGAUGAAUUCUCAGAACUGGUCAAAUAAAAGAAAGUGCUUUCAGUGAAUAGAGCCAAAUCAAUUGAAGACAAUAUUUCCAAUGGAAGAAAGAUCUUCAGAUUUCUGCUCUUUUUGAAUGAGUUCAAUGAACUGCAUCUCAUCUUGAAGAAUAAAAAGACAGGCAUCUUGCUCAAAGUGCUCAAGAUCAUGUCGAGCAUCUGCAGUUUCUACUAUUACUUGUUUGAUAAUAUAGUCUGGUUCACUUAGAUAGGUAUUUUGAACAAAUUUAUACUUUCUAACUUCAAGUGGAAGAAAUUUAAGGACUUAUUUUCUCUUUGGAAAACUAUCCUUGAAAUCAUCAUAAGUAUAUACGUUGUAACAAUAAAACAAAAAAAAGAAAAAGAGAUCCUGAAUAUGUUGAUCGAUCUAUACUGCAAUAAAAAGAUCAUGCCAAACACCUAAUGCUGUGCUUUGCUGAGAAAAUUGAUAGUCAUUAGAAGAAAAAUAAGAUUCCAUUAGAUGGAGGUAUUUAUAUACUCUAUGAGAAUGAUCAUGCUUAUUUCAUCCUUAAAAUUAAUAGGGCAUAGGUAUCUGGAUCCUAUUUUUGUAUCGAUUUGUGGACUUUUGCAAGCCAUUUCAGUUGUCUUCAAAUCUCUCAAGGGCAAGAAGAAGUUCUAUAAACUUACAAUAAAGGAGUCAACAGAGUCUGGCAAGGUGCAAGAAAACACAAUGAUUUUAACAUAGAAAGAGUUUGAGACUAGAGAGAGAUCCCUAUCUCAAAGCGGUUAUAAAAAGGCUAUUUCUACCACAGCUGCAGCUAUAAUCAAUACUUAGUAGCACAUUCAAUAGUAGAAUCAAAAGAUGGAGAUCGAUGAUUUCUUUAAUAUUGACGAGGAAGACACUUAGAACCAGACUCCUCCAAGGGACUAAAUCAGAAAUAUGCCUACCAUAAGUGUAGAAUAGGAAUUCUAGAGGAGAUAAGUACUGCCAGAGUUUGUUAACUAAUUAAGCCAAAGUUAAGAAGAGGAGGAUAUUGCUUUAGAUCAAAAGUUAAUUGAUGACGUCUAUGACAUAAAUGUUGUGAAACCUAAUUAUGUUCUAUAUUGUCUGAGAGAAAAGAUUUUUAUAAGAUACGAUAGAAUUCUUAGAAUGUAAGAAGAUUAAUAAGGAAAGUGA